AUGAGAUCUUGCUGUAGCUGUGGAAAGGCGUGGUGUUGCCCCGAACGAGUUGAGGACCGUGCCGAAGAGAUUCUUAAGGGCUAUGUUGAUUGCUUUGGUAUCGAUGACUAUAGGAAUGUCCAGAGGAUGGCGGAACUUUCUGGGCUUCUAAGCCAUUGUAGCCAGGUGGACUGGAGUAAUGUCGCCGGGAGCGUGAGCAUUGGUCUUAUUUUCCGUGGAAAACAUGUGGAAGACGACUGCGACGUUGUGGUAUCUGUGUUAAAGAGGCCUGCGAACAAGAAGGACGAGUUGAGCAGGUAUGUGCAAAAAGAAGUGGGCGUGUUGGCCAUAAAUUUUCCCAAUAUUAUUAGGGUUGUGGACUAUUUUAGUGUUAUCGAAGGUGAGUGGGCGUACUCCAUGGCUCUUCUGAAGUGGUUGGGGGGUGAUGGUAUAGUGGAAUUCUUCACUCAAAGCGUGCUAGGGAAAGGACGGGCCAGCGACGUGGAGAGGGAUGAUAUCGAGCUGCGUCGACACCCGACAGUGGAUGCCACACGUAUAAUGCAGGGAAAUGUAGAAGGUGAUUACUUUGAUAGCAAAUGGAGACCUAGUACCCCUGUACGCGAGGGCAACACAUGUGUUGUUGGUGACUAUGAAAUGUACAUGGAUGAAAGCCUUGGAAAAGGGCAGUUUGGAGAAGUAUACCGUGGGAAGCACAUAAAAGAGGGGUAUCAUGUUGCCAUGAAGAUUAUUAAGGCGCCAGCGAAAAAGAGGGAUGAAACACCCGACGAGAUCAGUAUAAUGGACCUGCUUGGGUGCCCGGGUCAUCCGAACGUCGUCAAAGCUUACGGUACUUACGAAACUAUAGAUGACAAAAAUGAACCAAGCUACGUGCUCGUUCUGGAGCUCUGCGAGGGGGGAGACCUAAAAGAGUACUUGGCCAAGCACGACCCACUAUCGGAGGCGCAAGCCCGACGUAUUAUGCGGCAGCUGGUUGACUGCUUGUGUUUCCUUAGGGAACGAGGUGUGAUGCACCGUGAUUUAAAGCCAGCCAAUAUUCUUCUAACAUCCUGUAAUAUCGAUGAGGCGGUAGUGAAAGUAGCCGACUGGGGUAUGGCGAAGGUUAACAGUCGAAAGGGCUCCGCUUUGGAGGCCACGGAGGGCGAAGAAAUGUUUGAAUCUGCUGUUGGCACUAUGGCUUACAUGGCUCCGGAGCGCUUGAAUUUCGAUUCUUAUGACUAUCAAGCGGAGGUAUGGGCACUGGGGGUUAUCAUGUACGAAUUACUGUUCGCUAGACACCCUUAUAUCUACCCCAAAGCGACCGUCUGCUCGGCGGAUGCUCUGCUUGGUGCUAUUGCGCGUGCAGAGCAGUUGGAUAUGACAAAUCGUGCGCCCUCUGCAUCAACUUCUACGACAGACGGUGCGGGUGGGGAGCUGUCGCAACAGGAGGGAGGAUACGUGAAUCGAAGGCGCCUUUCGCCCAGCUGCUACGAAUUGCUUCGGCAGAUGCUGCAUUCCGAGGCGAAAAAGCGCUGCACAAUCAUCGAUGUGAAGAACCACGUGUGGUUUACUCAUGAAGAGCCUCGAAGUGCACCUGUAUUAGUGAGAGGAGGAUCACCGAGGUCCGUACUUGCUGAUGCUCUGGGGUCUGCAAGCGGGGUGACACUUGCGGGACAAGCGCUGGCUGAGUACCCCAGCGCAGUGGAUAAUUCAGUUCUCCCGGUUGAGAAUUGUGAAGGCGGUAGAAAUGUUUUAACGACUUUGGAGAAGAGGCAAACUAUCUUGGCGCUUCGUGAGUAUAUUCAUAUUCUGCAAUAUAACAUUGUAGAGAGGGAGCGUGACCCAGGCCGAGGCCUUGUUCUGCUAUCCUACGGGUGGGAUCUUCUUAGUGCGGCAGUAAAUACCGUAUUUUCGGAGUGCAGCAAUGUUGCCGGGGAUACGGGAGGAGCUGCCAACGCCACGAACGGUCCAAACAUGAGUGCCUCAUCGUCUCUCUUUCAUGACUCCUUGGAUGACCUCAAGCAGGUAGAAGGGUACAUUCAAACAGCCGCGUCUCAGCUCAAACAGAGCCUUCAGAGUAACCAAGGUACUCAAACAACAGCAAGUUCAGCGGCGGACAACGAGGAGGGAGUUACACAGCACUCCUUCACGUUAAUGACGCGAGGUACUUCGCUUGAUUGCUUACCUUCCGCGAAGGAGUUGAUGCUCCGGCACGCUGUUGAUCUCAUCCGCUGGGCGGCUUCUGAACAGCUUUUGCUGACCCCGGAUGACAAACGCGAAAAACAGAGGGGGGUGUUAGAAGCUGAACUGGAGCCAAAGAAGUUACAGGGAAAGAAACUAUGGGAGGACGCAAUGGCCAUUUUGCGUCUGCUGUUGCAGCAGGUGGUAGUUUACUCACCGACGGUGACCACCCGGUCCAUCAUCGCUGAUGCCACUAUGGGUGGCUCUGUGCAAGUGCUUAACGUACCUCUCGUUCCACUCACUCACGAGGAGGACAGGCGCACCGUCCAGGCUUUAUUGCACAAAGUGGAGGGGCUCUACCGAAACCUAUUCGUCAGAGUGUAG